AUGUCACAAAGGGGCAGUCGGGGUGCUCGCAAGAAUGGCGGCGAUUCGGGGUCAACAAGCGUCAAGAGUGGGUUUUCUUUCCUAUGCGAACACAAUGUCCCAGCUGUGAUUAAUACCUCUGGGACUGAGUUGAAUCCAGGAAGGCAGUUCUAUGGCUGUCGUUAUUGGAGGGAUGUAGAUUUUUUUAGGUGGGUGAAUGGCAAUGAGGAGCCAUUAGAUUCGAGGAACCAUGAGAUGGAGAGUAUUAUUAUGAACCUGGAGGAGAGACUAAUGUUGGUCGAAUCUAAUGCUGAGAAGAGGAAGAAGGAAAAAAAAGUUGCUGACAUAAGAAUUAAGGAAUUUGAUGCAAGUUUGCCAAGUUAG